AUGGAACCAGCAGUUGCUCAGGAACCUGUGCCUACUCAAGGAGAGGAGAAAUUGAGUAAGAACGAGUUGAAGAGAAGAGAGAAAAUGAAGAGAAAGGAGGCUGAAAAGGCUGCCAAGGAGGCCGCUAAGGCUGCCAAGGCCGCUGCCACUCCAAGUACCAAGAAAGAGGAUGAGGAAGAUGUGGACCCCACCAAAUACUUUGAGAACCGUCUUGCUGUUGUGGAAAAAGCCGAGGCUGCUGGUGAGACCUAUUACCCCCACAAAUUCCAAGUGCAGUACUCCCUUCCCGAGUUUAUCGAGAAGUUCUCGUAUUGCAAGGACGGAGAUCGCUUGGAGUCCGAGCCGUGCUCUGUUGCUGGACGUGUUAUUCUGAAGCGCGCUUCUGGCAAGAAGCUUUUCUUCUACACGCUCCAGGGUGAUGGCAAGCAAAUCCAGGUGAUGGCAAGCGAGGACAAGUACGAGGGAGGCGCUGAGGCGUUCCAGGAGAUCUACAACAAGGUGCGUCGUGGAGACAUCAUCGGCAUUCGCGGCUUCCCCGGUCGUUCGAAGCGCGGCGAGCUGAGUAUCUUCCCGUACAGCAUUCAGAUCCUCUCUCCCUGUUUGCACAUGCUUCCGAAGCCGUUCAUCGGUCUGACCAAUCCUGAAACUCGCUACCGAAUGCGUUAUCUGGACCUCAUCAUGAACCCUUCGGUCCGCGAUAAGUUCAUCAUCCGCUCUCGCGUGAUCCGAGGUAUUCGCUCGUUCCUGGAUGAGCGCGGAUUCAUUGAGGUGGAGACGCCCAUGAUGAACAUGCACGCUGGAGGCGCGACCGCGAAGCCGUUCAUCACGCACCACAACGAUCUCAAUUUGGAUUUGUACAUGCGUAUCGCCCCUGAGUUGUAUCUGAAGCAACUGGUGAUUGGCGGAAUGGACCGCGUGUACGAGCUGGGCCGCCAGUUCCGCAACGAGUCCAUCGAUAUGACGCACAACCCCGAGUUCACGACGUGCGAGUUCUACAUGGCCUACGCGGACGUGUACGACAUCAUGGAGCUGACGGAGCAGAUGGUGUCCGGCAUCGUGAAGGACAUCACCGGCGGCUACAAGAUCCAGUACCACCCGCAGGGCAAGGACGCGGACCCCGUGGAGAUCGACUUCACGCCCCCAUGGCCGCGCUACAGCAUGAUCGAGGAGCUGGAGAAGCAGAGCGGACUCAAGAUCCCGAUGCCCCUGGAGUCCCAGGAGACCUACGACUUCCUCGUGGCCACCUGCAAGGAGCUGAAGAUCGAGUGCACGCCUCCCCUCACGACGCCGCGCCUCCUGGACAAGCUCGUGGAGCACUUCGUGGAGCCGCUGUGCCUGAACCCGUCCUUCGUCUGCGACCACCCGGCCAUCUGCUCGCCGCUGGCGAAGUACCACCGCAGCAAGCCGGGCCUGUGCGAGCGAUUCGAACUGUUCGUGAACUACACGGAGCUGGCCAACGCGUACACGGAGCUGAACAACCCCAUGGUCCAGAGGGACCGAUUCAUGCAGCAGGCGCGCGAUAAGUCCAAGGGAGACGAGGAGGCGCAGUGUCUCGACGAGGAGUUCUGCACGGCGCUCGAGCACGGACUGCCGCCCACCGGAGGAUGGGGACUCGGAGUCGAUCGACUCACCAUGUUCCUCACGGACAGUAACAAUAUCAAGGAGGUGCUGCUGUUCCCCGCGAUGAAGCCGAUUGAGGAGAACAAGCCGGAGGAGUGUGCGUAAACGGGGUUGAG